UGCCCACAAGAGCCAGCUCUCUGGAGCCGUAACCUUCCCAUCCCGAGAGCUGCAGUUCCAGCCACAGCAGCAAGAAGCACAGAGCCGGAGACCGGAGACCGUGGCGGAGGCAGGAGCAUCCUGGGCGAGUGGCAGGGAGUCCCCAGGAGCCGGAAGGCAAACGGAGAUACCCUCUGAAAAGCCAAGCAAAGAACAUUAAGGAAGAACGGAGGAACGAGCCUGGAUCUGGUGCAGUGAAAGAGGUGUAUUACGGAGAGGGGAACUCAGACCCAGACACGCGCACGCCUGCCUUGCCAUCAGCAUGAGAACUUACCGGUACUUCUUGCUGCUCUUUUGGGUCGGCCAGCCCUACCCGACUUUCUCAAGCCCGUUAUCUAAAAGGACUGGUGGCUUCCCAGCAAAGAGGAAGGCCCUGGAGCUCUCUGCAAACAGCAGGAAUGAGCUGAGCCGGUCGAAAAGGAGUUGGAUGUGGAAUCAGUUCUUCCUCCUGGAGGAAUACACGGGAUCCGAUUAUCAGUACGUGGGCAAGUUACAUUCAGACCAGGAUAGAGGAGAUGGAUCACUUAAAUAUAUCCUUUCAGGAGAUGGAGCGGGAGAUCUCUUCAUUAUCAAUGAAAACACAGGCGACAUACAGGCCACCAAGAGGCUGGACAGGGAAGAAAAACCUGUUUACAUCCUUCGAGCUCAAGCCGUCAACAGAAGGACAGGGCGGCCCGUGGAGCCUGAGUCUGAGUUCAUCAUCAAGAUCCAUGAUAUCAAUGACAAUGAACCAAUAUUCACCAAGGACGUGUACACAGCCACAGUCCCCGAGAUGGCUGACGUUGGCACGUUUGUAGUCCAAGUCACAGCCACUGAUGCUGACGACCCAACGUAUGGGAACAGUGCUAAAGUUGUCUAUAGCAUCCUGCAGGGACAACCCUACUUUUCAGUGGAGUCGGAAACAGGUAUCAUCAAGACGGCCUUGCUCAACAUGGAUCGAGAAAACAGAGAACAGUACCAAGUGGUGAUUCAGGCCAAGGACAUGGGCGGCCAGAUGGGCGGACUGUCGGGGACCACGACCGUGAACAUCACACUGACAGAUGUCAAUGAUAAUCCACCCCGUUUCCCCCAGAGUACCUACCAGUUUAAGACCCCUGAGUCCUCUCUGCCGGGAACACCAAUUGGCAGGAUCAAAGCCAGUGACGCUGACAUGGGGGAAAAUGCAGAGAUCGAGUACAGCAUCACAGAUGGUGAGGGACACGAUAUGUUUGACGUCAUCACCGACCAGGAAACCCAGGAAGGGAUUAUAACUGUCAAAAAGCUCUUGGAUUUUGAGAAAAAGAAAGUAUAUACCCUCAAGGUGGAAGCCUCCAAUCCACACGUCGAACCCCGAUUUCUCUACCUGGGUCCCUUCAAAGACUCGGCCACAGUGAGAAUCGUGGUAGAUGAUGUAGAUGAACCUCCUGUCUUCAGCAAACUGGCCUACAUCCUGCAGAUACGAGAGGAUGCUCAGAUAAACACGACCAUAGGCUCUGUUGCAGCUCAGGACCCUGACGCCGCCAGGAAUCCCAUCAAGUAUUCUGUGGAUAGACACACAGAUAUGGACAGGAUAUUCAACAUUGAUUCUGGAAAUGGUUCAAUUUUUACAUCAAAACUUCUCGACCGGGAAACCCUGCUGUGGCACAACAUCACAGUGAUAGCAACAGAGAUUAAUAAUCCAAAGCAAAGCAGCCGUGUGCCUCUAUAUAUUAAAGUUCUCGACGUCAACGACAAUGCCCCAGAAUUUGCUGAGUUCUAUGAAACUUUUGUCUGUGAAAAAGCAAAGGCGGAUCAGCUGAUUCAGACCCUGCACGCUGUUGACAAAGACGAUCCUUACAGUGGACACCAAUUCUCCUUCUCUUUGGCCCCAGAAGCAGCCAGUGGCUCAAACUUUACCAUACAAGACAACAAAGACAACACUGCAGGGAUCCUAACUCGGAAAAAUGGCUAUAACAGACACGAGAUGAGCACCUAUCUCCUGCCUGUGGUCAUUUCGGACAACGACUACCCAGUCCAAAGCAGCACUGGGACAGUGACUGUCCGGGUCUGUGCAUGUGACCACCAUGGGAACAUGCAGUCCUGCCACGCCGAGGCCCUCAUCCACCCCACAGGGCUCAGCACAGGGGCUCUGGUGGCCAUCCUUCUGUGCAUCGUGAUCCUACUAGUGACAGUGGUGCUGUUCGCAGCUCUGAGGCGGCAGCGAAAGAAAGAGCCUUUGAUCAUUUCCAAAGAGGACAUCAGAGAUAACAUUGUCAGUUACAACGACGAAGGUGGUGGAGAGGAAGACACCCAGGCCUUUGAUAUUGGAACCCUGAGGAACCCUGAAGCCAUGGAGGACAGCAAAUCGCGCAGGGACAUUGUGCCUGAAGCUCUUUUUCUACCACGACGGACUCCAACAGCUCGUGACAACACGGAUGUCAGAGAUUUCAUUAACCAAAGGUUAAAGGAAAAUGACACGGACCCAACAGCCCCUCCCUACGACUCCUUGGCCACCUAUGCCUACGAAGGCACCGGCUCAGUGGCCGACUCCCUGAGCUCGCUGGAAUCAGUGACCACAGAUGGAGACCAAGAUUAUGACUAUUUGAGUGACUGGGGCCCUCGGUUCAAAAAGCUGGCAGAUAUGUACGGAGGGAUGGACAGUGACAAGGACUCCUAAUCUGUUGCCUUUUUUCAUUUUCCAAUAGGACACUGGAAUAUGUGACGUAGCUAUUCCUUUCUAUUUAUCCACUAUUCUGUGAGGGGUUCUCCGUUGUACCUGUUCCAAAAGUCAAUGGCUGCAGUCCGUGUGGAUCCAAUGUUAGAGACUUUUUUCUAGUACACUUUUAUGAGCUUCCAAGAGGCAAAUUUUUAUUUUUUAGUUCAUGCAGUGAACCAAGUUAGCCCAGCAGACACUCGUGGGGUGGGAGGGGGAAGGGGAGGAGAGGCAGGAAUGGCGUUUUUUCCCCUUGUUCCCUUAGGGCAGGUUGGCCACACCCCUUACUGCUGGCCUAGACUCUAGUUCAAGGCCUCCUCCAGUCAACUGAAUGCUCCUACUGUAUAUUUCACAUGCUAAUGGAAGAAGGGAUCAUACUUUAAUGAUAAAAUAUAGUUUUAGUAUUAAAAACAAAAGGAGGUAACAAUUGGGAAAUUGUUCCUGGUCUAUCAGUUCUCAAGGAGAUAACUAGCUACGGAGGGGUUUGUAAGGAUGCGUAUGUAUCAAGGAAUUUAAAGUGGUAUCUGGGGCGUCCUAUCUGUGCUAGAAGAGUUGUUUCUGGCACCAACAAAUACCCAUAACAUCAAAUCCUUCCGUGUUUUAAAAUGAUUUAGAAGCAAAUCUAAUGGUAUCAUUCAAAGACAGUAACAAACGACAAAGCUGCAUUCUCUGACAUGAUUUUACUGCAUGUGAUAAACAUACAAGGUUCACCACACACCAAACAAAGGAAAAAAGAGAAAUAACUUUACAAAAAAAUCAACAAAGGACAUAUUUAGGGAAUUUCAAUGUUUUGUGCCACCAAGUAUGCCGGAUCCCUUAAUUCUUUCAACUAUCAGUAAACUAAUGAGAAGUAGGGCUAAUCAUAUAAACGUCCUUAAGAGAAUUUCCUGAGGCAAAUGUUAACUCUUUGUCUGUAGUUGUUGCUAUUAUCCUACUAUACCUGAGUGUAGCAGUGUGAAGUACAAUAAUUCAUAUUCUUCAAAUACUUCUUAUAUAAUUAACUUAGUAUGGCUUAGUAGAUUGAAUAUCCCACCCUAGAGUUCAAGGGGAAGGUUAGAGCCAGCCACAUUUGAAGCUAACCCUGCCCUUUGCCCUCGGACACAUCCGCAUCCCUACACUGCAGCAAGGCAGAGAAAUGAACGAUGGCACUGAGGUGUUGAAAUGCUGAAAGCCAGCAGCAUCCCAUGCUCCUAGCAUGCUCACCGAAGAAGAGUGCGGAGCCCCUUCAGCAAGAACGCUUAAGACUCGUGGUACAGCGACAGGUCAUUUCCAAAAGUAGCCAUGUUUUCCCACUGUGGUUAAGUUGGCUUCUGUAGCAACACUACCAUCUUUAUCUUUGAACUGAUGAUAAAGUAAUGGUCUCAACUAUGACAGAAAAGUAAUAUAAAAUCCAUCCAAUCUAUUAUUGCUCUAAUUAUGCAAUUAGGUUCUCUCAGUCAGUUAUUAUCCAGGGGACCCAACUGAACCCAGUUAAUCCUUCUGGAAGGUUCAAAUCAUUUAUUUCAUAUGGCCAUUCUAAUGACUCUCCCCCAUUAGAAUCUCAUAUUGUGCAGUCAUCAGAAAUUUCCAAAGUACUAUAAUGAAAAUAUCCUCAUUUGAAAACUUUAAAAAAAAGGCUCUGUACAUACAUAUAUAAUAUAUACUUAAGAAUGUGAUGACUUCUCUUAAUAGUCAUAGGAGUUUAUUUUCAAUUAAUGUUAAUUUUGUAGAGAUAAUCUUAGCAUCAUUUCCAUUUCAGGGUAAGGUUUUACCAACACAUUUUCCUUUUGGAAACACACUGUUGUUUAGUUGACUGUUAAAUAGGUAUGUUACCCAAGAAGUAAAGGUAGCACCUAUGGAACAAGAGAAAUGUGGAAUUCAGAAUACAGUAAAAAAAAAAAAAAAAAAAAAUACAA